AUGCUUCUUCAUUUAUUUUUUUUUUUAAUUUUUUAUGUAUUUUUCAUAUUAUUAUAUUAUAAUGGGUAUGGAUAUUGUUUUUAUCAAUCUAAAAUUAGCUAUAAAUUUUUUUAUUUAAAAGAAGCUAAUGAUGAUGCUAAAUAUUCAAAUGGAUAUGAUAGAUAUCUACAAGAAAAAAAAAUGAAACAGUUAAAGCAAAAAGUUGAAAAUAAACCAGUUAAACAAUUAAGAAUAACACCAAGAAUUGCUAUGAACGAUUUAUUAAUAAAAAUAAACUCAGCAAAACAAUUUCUAUUGAAAAGACAUAGAGUCAAAUUUAUUUUAACAUUAAAAGGAAGAGAAUACACUAAUAAAGAAAAUGUAAAUAAGAUAUUUUCAAAGAUUGCAGAAGAGUUAAAAAAUUUUGGUAUUUCUGAAACAAUACGUCAAAAUGGUAAUGUAGUGUCACAAUUAUUUAAUUUAAAAGCAAAGAGAAAAAACGAGACUUAA